AUGAGUGGAAGUGGGUCACAGUCUUUGUUUUUCAUCAGUCUUUCAGAUCUGAGGAAUUUAUGUUGUGUAAAUUUGUUCUUCCCGAACACUUUCGAUGCAGGAGAGCUGACAAACAAGCAAAUGAAAACCUGCAGAGAACUCGUGCUCUUGUAUCCAGACAUCAUUGCUUCACCUGUGUUGGGGCAUUUUGGGGGCAUCACUGUUGUAAUGACUAUUGCCUGUUACAAGAGAGGCGUCAUCCAGGCCUUUGCAGAGAAACAUGAUCUACAGGUUGGCGCGCCAUUUUUUUCUUUUCCAGGAAAAGACUUCCUCAGUCACUCUGGUAAACUAAAUUCAGUUGUGCUAGAGCUGAAUGUCACCGAGACUCAACUGUGUGUCAGUGUGGGGGCCAAUACAGUCAGGCUUCCCCCAACUGUGAUAGAGGAUUUUGAUUUUCCUACUCCAGUGUUGAAAAACUUCCUCCACUCUAAUGAUGCUGUGCUUUACACAGUCAUGCCAAAUAACUGGUGCCACAUUCUGCCAAGUAUGAAGAAAGGGCAGAUCAUCAGUAUCAGUCGCAGGAUUCCACAUGAUUGCCCAUUCCAAUCUUACACAGACUUGCAAAAGCACUGGAACAGCAUGUAUGGAUAUCAGCUGCCUUCAGUAAGGGAAGAGGAAAUGAUCUACUGCAGUGUGCACUUUAAACCAAUAGGUGACAUACUGUUUACAUAUCCAUUGUGCUGUAUACGCACUCAGCCAAUACAGUGCUUUCCCAGAGUUGACCUGCAAGGGGUGCUGAACACCUUCAUAUCAGAUCUGCGGGAAGGACUGGAGUUUGUGUGUGGGAUUCCAGUGCAGAUGGCCAGCAAGCCUUGCUACUACAACAAUGAAUUGAUCAGACCAAUCUGUCAGUGCUCUGGGGCACUGCCUGUGAAUUUGACAACAGAAAACACCAGCAGGGCUGUGCUGAAUCAAAGACCCAGCAGCUGGACUUCCUCCAACUGCGCAACACCAUCCACUUCCUCUCACGCAAAUGCUCAUUUUACACACAGCCAGUCUCAGUCUGUGUUUCAGAGGCCAAAGCUUGUGCCAAUCUUCAAGAACAAAUCACACAUCGGCCAUGUGAACAUGAUGACCAAGACCCCUGCAGAGAAACAGCAGAAACUAGAAGGGCAGAAGUUGACUGCAAUUAUAAGGCCUGUUUCAUCUUCCAGUCUGUCAUCUUCUACCAGUCUACAAUGCUCCACCCCAUCAGCCCUUUUUGACCAGUUAAAAAGGCCAGGCCCUGAGCGGGUGACCCUAUCCUUUUCUGUGGGUCAAAAGGCCAACAGUGGGGUCACAUGGGUUCUGCCACAGCAGCCUUUUGUUUACACACAGCCCCAGCGCAUGCCUGAGAUACCCAGCAAUAGAGGGGGAGAUGUAAUUGAGUCAAAACCAAAGAGACUCAAACAGAGUGUGCAGGAUGUGGAGAAGUAUGCAAAAAGCAAUAAGCUCUCAAAGGUCAACUCAGCGACUCUGCAGGCUUGGUUGAAGAGUCGAGGAUUCAGCGUACGCUCCAAGGACAAGAAAGAGGAGCUAGUGUCAAAGGUCAUGAUAGUCAUAAAAAGUGAAACUUAA